CGUCGAGUAAGAUUGAAUGUUGUGAAAUAUAUGAAUAAAAUUUUGGUUUCUUCUGUGACGAAUUGAAAAUCAAGAACCAUGGGAGAACGUAAAGGAACAAAUUUGUAUUAUCCACCGGAUUACGAUCCGCGUGUUGGUGGACUUAAUAAAUUUCUUGGCACUCAUGCAUUACGUGAAAGAGCACGGAAAUUGCAUAUGGGCAUCCUUAUUAUCAGAUUUGAGAUGCCAUAUAAUAUAUGGUGUGAAGGAUGUGGCAAUCACAUAGGAAUGGGUGUUCGUUAUAAUGCAGAGAAAAAAAAGAUUGGAAUGUAUUACAGCACACCUUUGUAUCAGUUUCGUAUGAAAUGUCAUCUAUGUGAUAAUCAUUUUGAAAUAAAAACUGAUCCAGCGAAUUUAGAUUAUGUGAUAGUGAGUGGGGCAAGACGUCAAGAAAAUCGAUGGGACCCUAAGGAAAAUGAACAAGUUGUACCAGAAACAAAAGAAGUAUCUUGUAGAUUGUACGACGAUGCAAUGUAUAAGUUGGAACAUGGUAUAGAAGAUAAAAAAGUAGCAAAAUCACGAGAUUCUUCUUUGGAAUGUGCAAUAGCAUUAAAUGAUGCUACAUGGAAGGAUGAUUACACUUCAAAUUGCGCCUUACGCUCCGCAUUUAGGACACGGAAAAAAGAGUUGCAAAAAAGACAAGGUAUUGAUCAAAUGUUACUUAAAAAGAGUGGGUUAAAUAUUGAUUUAGUUAAUGAACAUGAAGAUGAUGUGAAGUUGGCAAAAUUACUAAUGUAUAAGAAAGAAGUGAAGAAAAAUGAACACAAUCCCUUGAAACGACUGGUUUCUGUUGUACGAUCUAAAGAUAAAUUAAAAAAAUUAUCACAUUCUAUACCAAGUAGUAGUGUUAAAAAGCAAAAGGAUCAAUUACCAAAACUUUCAGAGUUAACCCAACAAGAACCUUCGACGUCCAAAACAGUUGGCUGUACGUUGAAUACGUCGUUAGUCACUUACGAUAGUUCCGAUACAGAUGAUUCGUAG